AUGUCACCCGAAGCUCCCACUACGAGCAUCUGCACGCUGGGAAAACCUCGUGUUUACGCGGCCCCUUGUGUUUUGGUGGUUGCAGGUGGACUAUCGUCACCCCUGCAGCGCGCCUCCACCGCUUCGCCCCACGGGGUCGGGGGUGUACCGCCUUCGUCCCACGUGUCCUCCCAGCAACCACCACCACCACCCCCAGCAGCAGUUUCCCUACCACCGCGAUCCACUCCUACACCGUCUUCAGCCACCUCGACGACAUCCAGCCUCCUUUUCCCACCUCCACUCCAAAACGUCGAAACCUUCGGCUCCUUCCUCGGCGAAGAGAUCGUCGCUAACUGGAGGCGGACGUUGGAGAGGUCCAUCAUGAAUCAGCAGCAACAACAGCAACAGCAACAGCAGCAGCAACAGCAACAGCAGCAGCAACAACAUCAGCAGCAGCAGCAACAGCAGCAGCAGCAGCAACAGCAGCAGCAGCAGCAACAGCAACAACAACAACAACAACAGACAACUCCACUGAGUCAAUUGUCACAGCAACAACAGCUGCAACAAGCUCAGCCGCUGAUCGGUUUGCAUCCACCGACGAGUACCAGUAGCAUAAAUCAUCUUCCAUCGCCUACGGACCCAUCAUCCAGUUCCAACACACCGGCCAAAUCGAACACCCCGUUAGGAACCACUCCACUGAGUUGCCUUGACGCAGCCGAGAAGGCGCCCACGCCGGUCUCGGGCCACGAAACACCCGCGCCGCCUACGCCGUCUUCUACUACCGCGCUAACAUCACCCCCGAGUUUUCAACCGCCCACCACGAUGAUCGAGACGACCGCCUCCUCGGCUUCCGUGAACGGCGGCAGCGUGAUACCCGUGGUGCUCGCAGCCCCACCGCCGAAAAGCCCCGCCGACCAAGAGUCCUGUCACAACAACAACAACAACAGUCAUCAUUUGGCGAACAACAAUAUAGGAGGCCUGAGCGUGUUGGACACGCUGAAGAGCCCGUUUCGAUUUGAUGACAGGACGCACCCGUUCAGAUUCGGCGACGAGUUCGGCGCCGCUGGCAUGGCUGGAAGACUUGGCGAAUCCUUGAUCCCGAAAGGCGAUCCGAUGGAGGCCAGGCUCCAAGAGAUGCUUCGGUACAACAUGGACAAGUACGCGUCUCAAAACCUGGACACGCUGCACAUAGCUAGGCGAGUCAGGGAGCUGCUGUCGAUACACAACAUCGGCCAGAGGCUGUUCGCCAAGUACGUACUCGGGCUCAGCCAAGGAACGGUCAGCGAGCUGCUGAGCAAACCGAAACCCUGGGACAAACUGACGGAAAAAGGUCGUGACAGCUACAGGAAGAUGCACGGCUGGGCUUGCGACGACAACGCUGUAAUGCUGUUGAAAUCCCUGAUACCCAAGAAAGGCAAGGAGCAGGGAAUGCCAGCAUUCGCGCGCGGACCACAGGAAGGUGGUCCACCGGAAAUGAGUGACGAAAGGUUGGCGCAUAUCCUCUCGGAAUCUGGCCAUCUACAGAUGAGAGGCGAACACGAAGUGUCGAACGACGCGGAUAGCAAAAGUCCGAAUAGGAUCGGUUGUCCAAGCCCAUUUAAUAAAGACAGACUCGACAGUCAGAACAGGAGACUGAAGAAGUACGAGAACGAUGACAUUCCGCAGGAAAAGGUGGUCAGGAUCUACCAAGAGGAGCUGGCCAAACUGAUGGGCAGAAGGGUGGACGAUCUUCGCGGGCCGCGAGAAUUUUCUUCCAGUGGCGGCCAAGGUGGUCUUCAAGGGAUGGAGCGUACGCAAGAGGACAUCCGGUUGGCACUGGAUGCGUACCACCGUGAAUUACAAAAAUUGAACGCCGCACCAGGUACGAAUCCUUCGCUGACUGGACUGCCAGGGCUACCUGGGCUACCAGGCCUCUUGGCUCUUCAACAACAAGCACUGCAACAACACCAUUUAGCCACGAACGGCGGUGGAGUUCAGGAUUUGAGUUUAGGGAAAAUUGAUCCCAGAAACAAAAUGAUUAACGGUGUUUCCGAAGAAGAGAAGGAAAAAAUGGAGGAAGCUAUGAGACAUGCAGGGAGCGCGUUCUCGUUGGUCAGGCCUAAACAGGAGACUACGGCGCCACAAUCCACCCCAAGUGGUUCCAGUGCGAGUUCUCCACUUGGAAACUCCAUUCUUCCACCCGCGAUGACACCCAGCGAAGAAUUCUCCGGUGCGGCGGCAGCCAGUCCUCUUCAAAGGAUGGCGUCUAUCACGAAUAGUCUGAUCAGUCAACCGUCCACGCCUACCCAUCACUCGGCUAAUCAGAGACCAUUAAAAGCAGUACUGCCACCUAUAACGCAACAACAGUUUGACUUGUACAAUAACUUGAAUACUGAGGAUAUUGUGAAGAGAGUAAAGGAACAGUUGUCCCAGUAUUCAAUCUCUCAACGUCUCUUCGGUGAAUCCGUGUUGGGGCUGUCUCAGGGAUCCGUUUCGGAUCUCCUGGCGCGUCCAAAGCCCUGGCACAUGCUCACGCAGAAGGGCCGCGAGCCGUUCAUCAGGAUGAAGAUGUUCCUCGAGGACGAUAAUGCUGUACACAAGCUGGUGGCCAGCCAGUACAAGAUUGCCCCGGAGAAACUGAUGAGGACCGGCGGCUACGGUGGCCUGCCUCCCUGCGGAACCCCGAUGAAGCCUAUGCCUCCGACGAAACUGGUCCAAGAACAGCUUCAGAACGCCGCAAAAGCACAAGCCGCAGCACAAGCGGCUGCUCAGGCGGCGGCUCAGCAUCAGCAGGAGAGCCAAAUGCAGCUCGGACCGCCUCAACAAAGCCCUCAACAUCCUCAACACCCGCAACCACCGCCACCAAUGAUGUUGACGCCACCGGGUCCUCACCAUCCUCACUCGCAGCUCAGUAUGCAGGAACUGCAGAAGAAACAGCAGCAACAGCAGCAACAACAAAUGAAUCUUCACUCGCCGCAUCAUCAGAUGACACCAUCGCCCCUUCGUGGUCUUCAUCCACAUAUCUCUCCAAGCGUAUACGAAAUGGCUGCGUUGACGCAGGACCUAGAUACACAGACUAUCACAACGAAGAUUAAAGAAGCCCUGCUGGCGAACAACAUCGGUCAGAAGAUCUUCGGCGAGGCCGUCCUUGGUCUUUCUCAAGGUUCAGUUAGCGAAUUGUUGAGCAAACCGAAACCCUGGCACAUGCUCAGUAUAAAGGGUCGGGAACCGUUCAUCAGAAUGCAACUUUGGCUAUCGGACGCGCACAAUGUGGACCGACUGCAGGCGUUGAAGAACGAACGAAGAGAAGCGAACAAGAGACGGCGUAGCAGUGGACCAGGCCACGACAAUAGUUCGGAUACGUCCAGCAACGACACGGCGGAGUUCUAUCACGCGGCAUCACCCGGUCCAGGACCAGCCUCGGCUAAGAAGCAACGCGUCCUUUUCUCGGAGGAGCAGAAAGAAGCCUUGAGGCUUGCUUUCGCCCUUGAUCCGUACCCCAAUGUGGCCACCAUCGAGUUUCUAGCCAGCGAACUAGCGCUGUCUUCGAGAACGAUAACCAACUGGUUUCACAACCAUCGGAUGAGACUGAAACAGCAAACGCCGCACGGUCAGCCGGAGCCGCAGUCCCCUAGGGAACCAGGUCAGCCGUUCGACCCGGUUCAAUUUCGGUUACUGUUGAACCAAAGACUGCUGGAGAUCCAAAAAGAGAGAUUGGGCCUGGGCAACGUACCUUUACCUUACUCGCCGUACUUCAACCCCAACCUGGCCGCCCUGGUCGGCAACGCGCUGAAGGAACAGUGUUCCGGCCUGGACCUAUCGAUGAACGCACUGAAGCGGGAGCCGAACCAGGAGUUCGAGGACGAGGACGUCGAGGACGCCAUGAGCAACCUCGGCAGCGAAGACUCGGAGGGGUCGGCAGGUAGUAUAAAGAGGGAGCCCACGGAAACGCCUUCCGCGCCCACCACAGUCAGAUCGAACAGGAGGAAACCUGCCGCCCCGCAAUGGGUAAAUCCGGAAUGGCAAGAGCCACCUAGAACAGGGGACGAGGUGAUCAUCAAUGGCGUCUGCGUGAUGCAAACGGACGACUAUGGAGUCAAGAGAGAAGCGGAGGAGACAAUUAGGGUCGAGCCAACCCCGGUUCAAGACAGAUACGAGGAGGACGCACAGAGUGACGUCUCCUCCGUCUCCGGUAAUAACGGCCAGGACAGGGAUAGCCCUCUGCCUAGCCCGAAGUCUGGUCAGAACAGUCCGGCGACGUCCCCAAGACCACCUUCCACGCAGCAAACGCAACAGUCUACGGACGAAAGUCCUAAGGACAACGUGGUGAAACACGAGCCAGAGGAAACGUGGGAUUAUUAAAGAUCGUGUCAAAGGACUUGCUUUGAAAACUAGCUCGAGGAGAGAGUGUUCCCGAGGGCGAACGUCGAAACAUGCCAAAACUCGCGUACGGUCACGGUCCGCCGGCGACUACGGCCUAGUUAAGUUCUUAACGAGAAAGAAACCAGUCAUAGGAUUCGGCCAGGCCCGAUUGGCCGAGUCCUGCCUACCACGAGGGCAUUAUCAUAGGGAGGCAAAUAACAAGUAGGAUAUGUGAAAAAAAAACAAAAGACACGGACAUGUGCGCACAUGUGAACCAGUGGCGACGGCGAACCUGCUAGGGAGGCUGCUAUCGAGGAAGAUGGAGCUCAAUCAAAACAAACUGUUUUUUCGUAACGUUGUCCAACUGUGCUAUUAUGAUGAUAGUGUGGGUGGUAUACACAGUUGCUGCAACGAAUUUGUAUUUGUUGAAAAGACUGCGCGACGAGGUAGCUCGGCGAUCAGGCGAGGUCGUCGCGAAAUUUCGCUCGAAAUCAGAAAGAGGCCCGGAGGUCGGUUCCGUUUUACGACCGAGGGCGUAACCGGAACCCGUCGGUACCGGGACAAAAGGGAAACACGGCGGUCGGGAAACGGAAUAGACGCGGGCCCGUCAUGAGUGCAAUCUACGAGUAACCAGUUGUUAGAUCAAAUUAUUAUUAAUUUUAUCUAAUUACGCGUCGGAAUGAGCGAUUAUUGCAUAAUUGUGAUUCAUGUUAUAUUGUUUAUACACUUCUCCUGUCCCAUAGUCGUUAAGCUGUUAAUGUUACUACACUCCGCUC